AUGGCGAUCAAGACCCUCGGAGCCAAAGCUGCUGCUGCUCUUGAUCAGGAGCUUAUGAGCACUGGAGCGUUCUCUAUUGAUCAGCUCAUGGAGCUCGCUGGACUUGCUGUUUCUCAAGCCGUCUACCGCCUCCAGCCACUUGAGAGUGGCCGGAGGAUCCUUGUUGCCUGUGGACCUGGGAACAACGCAUCAGGUGGUGACGGACUAGUCGCUGCUCGUCAUCUUCGUCAGUAUGGCUACAGCCCGAGCGUCUUCUAUCCCAAACGAAGCAAGAAUGAUCUCUACCAGCGACUCGCAAAACAACUUGAAGACCUUCAGGUCCCUUUCGUUGAUGACUUCUCCUCGGCGCUGAACUCGACGGAUCAUGUUGUCGACGCCAUUUUCGGUUUCAGCUUUUCAGGAGAGGUUCGAGAACCAUUUCCUGCUGUGAUUCAAGCUCUUCAGGACACGAAGCUGCCAGUCACAGCAGUUGAUGCUCCUUCAUCCUGGGAUAUCGAAGAUGGUCCACCAAAGUCGGGGCUCGGCAGUUCCUUCAUGCCUACAGCACUUAUUAGCCUAACAGCACCAAAGCCACUAGUGAAGCAUUUCAAAGGUCGACACUUUAUUGGCGGGCGGUUUGUGACUCCAUCCAUCGCAAAGAAAUAUGACUUCGAGGUCCCAGAGUACAGAGGAGUUGACCAAGUCGUGGAGGUUGAGGUAGCUGGACAGAAGCUCUGA